AUGGCGAUGAGACUGACAUCGCUAAAACGCGCCGCGGUUGAGUCAUGCCGCAUCCUGGAAGCUCGAAGCUUGAGUCACAUUGCGGCGAUGCCUUCGCCCUUUAACAGCGUCAUCGAUCGCCCCAUCGCUAUGCCGCCGCUGGUUUCGCCGGAGUUCGAUCAGAAUCAACCAGGUUCGAUCGAUGAGAAGAGCUUAGGAUUCGGGCUGCCUAGUUUUGCUUUCAGUGGAUCCAUGGAGCUAAUGGCUGUGCCUAAGAAGAAGACUUCUAAACACAAGAGAGGGAUAAGAAAUGGGCCAAAGGCUCUUAAGCCUGUUCCUGUGAUCAUCCGUUGCAGGAGUUGUGGACGAGUUAAGCUGCCGCAUUUCUUCUGUUGCAGCGGUGAGCGGGUGAACCCUACUGAGCAAGGCAAUUAG